GAGUGCAAGAAUUCGUCGUGGCAUGGAGGGAAACUUGAAAGAAAAUGGAUGGUUUCUCUCAAGUGAAGGCAUUGCCGAAUGCAAGAAAGCGUGCACGAAGGAAAAUCCCACGACAUCAGAAUGUCUCAAGGCUGCUACGAAUUUGGACUUAAAAUUAUAUGGAACUAAAUUUCUACCAGAAGAUUUACACAAGGGAAAAAUAGAAUUUAUUAAAGGUCCUGGGGUCCUACAGAUUCAGAAACUACGAAAUGUUUCUGCUCCUAAAUCGAAUGAAGAAUCUACUCAUGCUCCAAGAUUACUGAAAUUCUAUCUUACGGAUGGUUCUAUGAACUGUCAAGGAAUUGAAUUUUCUACUAUCUCUGAUAUCAGUUUGUCUACCCCUCCUGGUACCAAGAUUUGUCUCAUAGGAAAUGUUCCUGUAGAAAAUGGAGUGUUACUACUCGACAACAACAACAUCAAAGUCCUUGGAGGGGAGGUUGAAAGUCUUGUCAGCAAAUGGAAACUUAAUAAGUCCUUGGCCAAGCAUUCUCGUACUACAGCCAAUGGUGAAGAUGGACCACCCCCUUUUGUGCCCUUCAACCAAGCCAAACCUCAAGAAUCUAAAGGGAACAGUAAAGGUACUUCUGUUUCGAAUGGUCAUGGAAUGGAAAACGAGUUGAAUAUAAAACAACCAGACAGAAACAAACCUGAAACCCAACACGAUAUGUACAACAAUAACAAAAGAGGAAAAGACAGAAACCAGGAAAAAGAUGGUGACAGACACACAGAUACAGGCAGCAGAAGAGAUGACAGGGGAGAUCAGAGGGGAAGACGAGGAGACUCAUGGGGUGGGGGUCCAAGGGGGGAAUCAUUCAGAGGAGACAGACGGUACAAUCAAGAUAAAUCAUAUGGCAAGUUCUCAUCAGACAGUCGAUCAAGUCAGAAAGACAACCGGGGUAAUAGGGAAUACAAGGGGGGGAACAGAAACUAUGAAAACAGCCAAUCAGGGGACUCACGAAUUGGAGAUAGAAAUAAUCCUAGAAGAACUGAUCAUAACAGAACAGACAAGGCUGAAAAACCAUCCCAAAGUGGUCGGACAGUUGACAAUACAGCCCACCAGAAGACAAGUAAUAUGGCAUCAGGGAAUGCCAGGGAGAAUGGAACGGGGGAAUCACAGUCACGUGAUAGUAAAGAUAGACAAAGCAGUGAUGGUGGUAGUAGACAUUCAUUUGAAGGACAAGGAAACAGGCUUGGUCACGAGGGAUUGGGAAGAGGUGGUCAAGGAGGGAGGGGCAGCUCACGUGGUGGAAGAGGAGGAAGAAAGGAUGGAUUCGGAAGAGGAAGGUCAAACUCAAUGGAGCAAGACGACUCAGAUGAUUAUCGAUCAAGGCAGCCAUCUGAUGCAGGAACUCUUUGGGACUUUGUUAAGUUGACCAUUAAAACUCCUCCCAAAUCUUCUACCCCGCCGCCAGCACCAAAGGAAUCCAACAAUAGUGAUACCAAGCCAGAUGAACCAAAGCAGCCAUCUGCUAGUGACUCUACACAGGAAGCCCAGUUGGCUCAAGAGAAUACACCUAAUGAAAAUGCUGAAUCCCAACAAACAACAAAGUCCCAACAGCAGCAGAAUGAUCGAUCUGAAAACACAAAGCAAGUAAAACCUGAGCCUCCUACCAGCCAAUCAGGAAAAGAACAGAAACAGCUGACCAAAAGUAACGACAGAAGUAAAGAUGGUGAAAAACAUGGACGGAAUACUGAACAAUUGAGUACACAGUUCCGAGACAACAGACAGCGGCAAUACCAACAAAGACAGCAGCAGUCAAGUGGGCAGGGCAGAGGGAGAGGUCCCAGGGGGAGGCAUGAGGAUGGUAGGUCAUAUAACCAAAGCCUUCCACCCAGAUUACAAAAGAAGCAGCAGCAACAGUAUCAUCAGCAGUAUCAUCAUGACAGAGACAGAAAAUCUUCCAUAGAAAGAGAUUCACAUCGGGAGAAAACUAGUUCGCCUGGUUCUGGAUCCAGCGGCGAUGGACGAUCCAGUCAAUCACCCAGCGUUGAAUCAGGCCAUUCGUCACAGAGUAAAAGUAGCGAUGACAUACACCAGAGACAACAGCAGCAACCACGAAGACAGAAGGGAAGUCAAAAACAACAACAACAGAGCGAGGACUACAAUACAAGUGCAGAGCAAAAGCAGAGCACUGGGCCAAAGCAGGGACAAUAUGACUCACAGAUGACACCAAGUGGUUACAUAUCAAGCCAGCCUAGUGUCCAACACACCCACUAUCAUGUAGACCAACAACAAAUGUACGAACAGCAAGACUUCAACUACCAGCAGACACCGCCUCCCCCACCUCCACCCCCACAGCAGUAUCCUGUCUACCAAAUGCCAACUCAGAUGGGUCCCCCUCAGGCUGUCAUGGUUACUCAGCCCAUCACACCUCCUUCACAGCCUCAUUUACAGACACCUAUCCCUUCCAAUCAGAUGCGAUGGAAAAAAGGCGAACAGUGUUUGGCAUUACGUAGAGACAGGCAGUACUACAGUGCCAAGAUUGAACACAUCCAUCCUGAUGGUCAGCAGUGUAUGGUAUCCUUCCAAGAUUUCCACGGUGGAUGUGAAAUGAUACCAACCACAUCCCUGCGACCGUUCCCCAUUAUCACCUGGACAGAUUCUAAUGCCCAGUCCCUACCAGUUGCCACCACAAUGACAGCUGUCCCAGUCUAUGCUCAGCCAGCCCAAGUCGCAAUGGUACCCAGACCUCAAGUCAUGGUCCAAAUGCAAGCCCAGCCCCCUUUCCCAAUGGGACCAAAAGGGCACAUACCCAAUCAGGGACCUAUGACUCCUCAAGGUCUUCCACAACCCCCACCAGGAAUGCAAUGGCAGCCUGCUCAGAUGAACUACCAAGACUUAAGACAGCCUUACCCUCAAAUCAUCCAUUAUGAUCCUAUGGGUCAGGCUAAUAAUCCAGCUGCAAGACCCACUUACUAUCCUGUGCCGCCCGGGGGAGCUAUGCAGUUUGUUCGAGGUGUUAAAGAACUCCACGGCCAAGAAUUAUACCCACACACUGGCAACAUGGUCGAGGUUACUGCAGACGGCAACAAAGCCCAACCGAUAACCACUGUCUACUACAAUGUCAAAUCCAAGAAAACAAACACAAGGCCAACACAAUCCUACUACAUGCCACCAAGACAACAGACGUAUGGAGAUCCUUCUAACUAGACCAGUAUCUUCUAACUGGUAGGAGACGGAUUAUCUAUGGCAAGCCCUGGAAGUAAGCGUAUAUAUAUAUAUAUAUAUGUAUUACGACAGUCUAACUGAAGUAUGGCAGGGUCUUUUGAUCUCUAAUGGGAGAUGGAAGAAGCCAUUCCUGUACGACUGUGAACGCGCUUUCUACUUCUACGGGGACUAACGGAGGAUUUUAUUUCCUUCGGGGAAAGAUGGCUUUCCAAUAAAUCGUACGGCUUUUUCUUUUUUUUUUUUUUUUUUUUUUUUUUU